GGAUGAUCACUUAAGGUCACUAAAUACCACAAGUGCUGCUUUUGAGGCAUUAGCAAGAUUGUACCCUAACUAAAAUGAUCCUGAAUAUGGCAAGAAGAAAGUAUUUAACAGAUAAAUGUUAAAUGCCAACUUCCCAUAAGUUCUGGCAAGACUUUCACUACUGUCACUGUUAUUGAUAUAAUUAACAGAUUGUUUAUGCUGGUUUGUAUAGGCCAUAAAUAGUGAGAACUUUCACCAUGUAUCUAAAUGAGUCUGUCUUCUCACUGGUCUUGACUUUGCACUCUUUGGAACUGCCUGAGACAAACAUUUACCCUGCAUUGAUAUUUGGAGUAGUAACAUACCUGUUUAUCUUACUCUGCAAUCUAACAAUUAUUAUUACAAUUUGCUUGAACAGGAAUCUUCACAAACCAAUGUACAUAUUGUUGCUUAACCUGCCUAUCAAUGAUGCAAUGGGGGCUACAAGCCUUUUUCCUCAGCUGCUGUAUAGUAUAUGGUCUCAGGACAGAUCAAUAUCCUACUCUGCAUGUUUGCUUCAAGGCUUUUUUGUACACCUGAAUGGUGGAGCAUCUUAUCUUAUUCUUACUGCUAUGGCCUAUGACAGAUUUAUCGCUAUCUGCUGCCCGUUAAGAUAUGGAGCCAUUAUGACAACCAAUAACUUGGUGAAAAUCAUAACUGGGUUGUGGCUUUUUAAUUUUGCUGCUAUAAUUGUACUUUUCUGUCUUCUAAUACCUUACAGGAUUUGCCAGACACACAUGACAGACCUUGUCUGCUAUAAGACAGCAUUAAUGAAACUCUUAUGCGAUGGCACAGAGGUGAACAAUAUCUAUGGGUUGUGUUGCAUAAUUUUUUACCACGGCCUUUCACUUUCUGUUGUGGCAUUUACAUACAUUCAUAUACUAAUCACAUGUGUUUCUAAUAAGCAAUCUGAUGCAAAGAUUAAGGCACUUGAGACAUGUGGUACUCAUUUGGUCGUCUUUCUUUUCUUAGAGUUUAACACUCUUUUUCCUCUUCUUGCACAUCGAUCUGAGAGUGUUCCAGCUCACCUACGCAGAGUGUUUUCUAUCUCCAAUUUUAUCUUUCCUCCUCUUGUGAAUCCACUUGUCUAUGGUUUUAAAACUAAAGAGAUCAGACAGAAAAUUCUCACCUGUUUCAAAAACAAAAUAAGCAGUGUCUGAAUUAAACGUCUCCUUGUGUGAAAAUA